AUGGUCUACGUACGGCAAAAGGAGCUCCCGGCGCUCAGGGAGUACAAGUACUCUGGAGUUGACCAUUCGCUGCUCUCCAAAUAUGUUCUCAAGCCUUUCUACACCAAUUUCGUUAUAAAGUGCUUCCCCAUGAGCAUGGCCCCUAACGCCAUCACCCUAACGGGCUUUUCUUUUGUCGUCGCAAACUUUCUGGCCAUGUUGUGGUACACGCCCUCGCUGGACCAGGAUUGUCCCCCGUGGGUAUACUACUCUUGGGCGCUGGGAUUAUUCCUGUAUCAAACGUUUGACGCUGUAGAUGGAACCCAAGCACGACGAACCCGGCAAUCCGGACCUCUUGGCGAGCUCUUUGACCAUGGCGUGGACGCUUGUAACACAUCACUCGAGGUCCUCCUCUUUGCCGCUUCUCAGAACAUGGGACAAAGCUGGCAGACUGUGGCCGUGCUGUUCGCAUCUCUCUUGACCUUCUACGUUCAGACCUGGGAGACCUACCACACCAAGACUCUGACUCUCGGCAUUGUUAACGGUCCCGUUGAGGGCGUUCUCGCAAUCGUCUUGGUUUUCGUCUUUACCGGAUAUGUCGGCGGUGCGCAUUUCUGGCAACAGAGCAUGUUCCAAACCAUUGGUGUGCCUUCCACCGUCGGCGUACCUUCUUUCAUCUACAACCUCACCUUCACUGAGUGGUACCUUGUCCAGGGCAGUAUUAUGCUGGUUUUCAACACCGUUGAAUCUUCUCUCAACGUCAUCCGUGCUCGUCGUGCUCGUGGAGACCGUUCCCGUGGUGCUCUCCUCGGCCUCGUGCCGUUCUUCAGCAUUUGGUCUAUGAUCGUUGCCUAUCUAUACCUCCAGCCCACGAUUCGCCAGUGCCAUCUCGUCCCGUUUGCCCUCUUUGCUGGCCUUGUCAAUGCUUACAGUGUUGGGCAAAUGAUCACAGCACACCUUGUCCAUUUGCGAUUCCCUUACUGGAAUGUGCUGGGUCUACCCCUCGCUUUCGGUGUCAUCGACUCCUUGGGACCCAUCUUCCAACAACAUCUUGGCGUCGGUUGGCCUAGUGCUCUUGGUGAUAGUGUUUACCAGGUUGCUUUCAUGUUCAUGAUGCUCGGAACGGCUGUUGGUGUGUAUGGCAGCUUCGUUGUUGAUGUCAUCGUCACAAUCUGCGAUUAUCUUGACAUCUGGUGCCUGACCAUCAAGCAUCCCCAUGUUGAGAACGAAGGACCCCAGGCCAACGGCACUAAGAAGGAUUAG